UAGUGCUGUAAUGGAAGUUCAGAGGGUGAAGCGGUGUGUUUUCGUUAUUUACAAAAUACAAUUGUUUAAAAGGUUCGAUUCCAAGCACCGCUCCUUUCUGAGUAAGGUCAAAAGGAACAAGACCAACAAUUCUAUGAGGCUGUCCCUUCCAGCAAGUGUGUUGUGUUUGAUGCCUUGCAUUUAAAUGUGGCACUAUGCCAGCAGCUACUGUAGAUCGUAACCAAAGAAUUUGCGAGGUCUGGGCUUGCAACCUAGAGGAAGAGCUGAAGAGAAUCCGCCAGGUUAUUCAUAAAUAUAACUAUGUUGCAAUGGACACAGAGUUUCCAGGUGUAGUAGCAAGGCCAAUCGGAGAAUUCAGAAGCAAUGCUGACUACCAGUACCAAUUGCUGCGGUGUAAUGUAGAUUUGUUAAAGAUAAUCCAACUAGGCCUGACUUUCAUGAACGAACAGGGUGAAUAUCCUCCUGGCACUUCAACAUGGCAGUUAAAUUUUAAAUUUAACCUCACGGAGGACAUGUAUGCACAGGACUCCAUAGAACUGCUAACAACAUCUGGCAUCCAGUUUAAAAAACACGAGGAAGAGGGGAUUGAAACAUUCUACUUUGCAGAACUGCUUAUGACCUCUGGUGUGGUACUGUGUGAAGGGGUCAAAUGGCUGUCUUUCCAUAGUGGCUAUGACUUUGGAUACCUAAUCAAAAUCCUAACAAAUUCAAACUUGCCAGAAGAAGAAUUGGAUUUUUUCGAGAUCCUCCGUUUGUUCUUUCCUGUCAUAUAUGACGUGAAGUACCUGAUGAAGAGCUGCAAAAACCUCAAGGGUGGCUUGCAAGAAGUAGCUGAACAGCUAGAAUUGGAGAGAAUAGGGCCACAGCACCAGGCUGGCUCAGACUCUCUACUGACAGGCAUGGCCUUCUUUAAAAUGAGAGAGAUGUUCUUUGAGGAUCACAUUGAUGAUGCUAAAUAUUGUGGUCACUUGUAUGGCCUUGGUACUGGUUCACCCUAUGUUCAAAAUGGCACAGGCAAUGCCUAUGAAGAAGAAGCCAACAAACCACAAUCAUGACAUGAAGCAGCUGAAAUUUGGGCCUGUUUUUUUUUUUUUUUUUUUAAAUCUCUGCCUGAGAGACUAUAAGGCCUUUUUGUUUUUUCCAUCACUUGUUUCUUUCCCUUGUCUUUGUUGCAGAUUCUAACUUUAGUACUGGAAGCAAUUUAGAGUAAAAUUUUACUGAGUUUUAAAAAAACAAACAAAAAGAAACUGAUGGAGACAAGGCAAAGUUUACUCCAGUAAUUUCAUAUAUAUCUUCUGUGUAAGCAAAUGGAUUGGCUGAUAUUCAUGUGUAUUGCUUUAGUGGGAUUUUUAGUAAUUCAGAAAUUUGGACCAUUUUGCACUUGAGAUCGAUCCAGAGUCUGUUUUAUCAAGUUUUGGCUGUUUCUUGUUCUUAUAAGAUUCAGUAACAGUUGUGCACCAUUUUUGCUUGUUGCCUUUUCCACCAUAUUCACAAUACUUUAUUUCUUUAUGUAUUUUCUUUUGGGGGGGGGGGGGGGGG